AAAAAUCACGUUUUUGUGUAUCCCAAAAAUAGGUCACUUCCUUCGAUCUCUUCACAAACCUGAGCACCUUAAUACGGGCUUUUGUAAAUAAUCAUUGUGUUAAAUGUAGUUGAGAUAUAAGGUUUUUCUAAUGUUUCUAAACCAUGUGCAAUCUAGCGCAGCCUAUCCCUGAUUAGCAUAGGAAUUAUUUCCUGUUCUCAAAAUAAACUUCCGGAAAAUCCCAGCUUGAUAGGGCAAAAAGUGUGCAUCAUUUGUUCUUUUCUGUUGGAUUAAAAUCAUCAACUGCCAUAAUCCAGUGAGGAUUAACAUAGAUUUUGAGUUCACUUCUGUGGGGGAAAUGGAAGCGGAGGUUCAAAACAGAGAGAAGGAGAAAACCCAACAAGUAAAAUGUAAUAAGAAUACAUGCAAGGAGGAUCAAGAAUCUGUUCUGCUGGCAAAAACUGAAAAGAUAAAACAGCCUACCAGUGCUGGAAAUAAGGCUGAGAGUGCCGUUAAACAGAACCAUGGCCCUCCGACGCAAGAAGAAGGCCUGGCAAAGAAAUCCCCGUCCACAGAGGUUGAUCAUCAGCCUCCAACAAAAAAGGAAGAGGAAGCUACAGAAUUCGAUAAAAACAAAAAGGCAAAUCUUUCACAUACAACAAGGGAAAAGAACAUCAAUUCUUCAAAGGAAAGACCAGCACAAGAGCACAAGUUGCAAAGUAAAAGUGUUUGUGUUGUAAAAACCAUCAAUGGCAAAGGCACAGAAAAUGCCUGUCCAAAGAUGUACAAACCAAGGUCAGAUCCAAAUAUUAAAUCAACACAGGAUCAAAAAAGUAAAAAUGACUCAAUGAAGGCUACUGGACAUAAAAUGUGCAAACCUUGCUCCGAAACUGACAUGAAAUCAAUUCAAGAAUUAAAGAACAAGAUGGACUCUGCCCGGGCAAGUGGUAAAAGUAUCAAUGCUCUGCUGUAUUCCAUGGACAACGAUGACAACAACAAUGAAGAGAAGAAAAUUCAAGCAAGUGAUGAAGUGAAGAAUGGCUACAAUCAACAGGUUUCUUUCAGUUUAGAAGCAGAUGAACUUAGUGGCAAGCUGGAAAAACUCACAGUAGACCAUACUGAAGAAAAAACUACAGCCUCUGCUCCUACAGAUUCCAAUGAAGAUUCAAGCUUCCUGAGAAAAGGACCAAUGACUGCGUAUCAAAAAAACACAAAUCUCUAUCAUCCAUUCAACAGACAGGAUCGAAUCCAUCAACCGCCACCACAGCAGGUACCUGGUUAUUCCCUGGAUAUAGGAGAGGAGGAUGUAUCAGUCGACAAGUUCUAUGAUGAAGACAGUUUACUAAAGGCCCUUGAAGGGAUAGCCCCUGAGUCUAGCCCAGAACAUAACUCUACACAGCCUCUACCAAACGAGAAUUUCACUGAGAUUUUGCCAUUACCACCUGCAUGUCCAAGUGGUGUUAACAAUCCAUAUUUAUUUCCCACUUAUCAGAUGCCAUCACGCAGGACACAGAAUACUGGUUCUAUGUCUAGUCUGCCUGGGAAUUUCAUGCUUACUCCAUGCACCAACCCCCAACAAAGAUCCACCAGUGCAGAUGCUAUUAAAAAAACAGAAUUUGUAUCAGUCCCAUGUGAACCACGCCCAAACUCCUAUCCAUCUACCCACAACGAGAUAAUUGAGGACCUGUUUAAAGACGCUAGUGAUAUUAUUGACAAAGACUUGCGCAAAGCAAACCAGCACAACCCUGACCAGAGACUGAAAAUGGCAAAUCCAGAAAAUGUGCCUGCCCUACAACAGCAGACAAGACGAAACCCUCCAAAUCCAUCUUACACAGCAUCAAGUUUUCAAGUCCCAAGGACUCACCCUUCUUCUAACCAUUGCCUAGGUGAGUUUAACACCCAAGGAAAUCAAAAUUUUACAAGAGUAAUGGCAGCCCGACCCUCAAAGAUCUCAGAUCAACCAUCACAGUUCCAUCCAAAGCCAAGAGAAGUGCAAGCCCCCUUGACCAAAAGUUCUUUUCAAGAAGGUAGCAAUGGAAAUCUGCCAAACAUUCUGUGCGAAAUUACAGAUAACCCUUUGGAAACAAAAAACCCAGUUUCUAAACCAUCACUAUUUUCACAAAAUAUGAAUACCAAUAACAACUUGAUGGCACUAUCAACAAGUAAUGGGUUCCCAGUUUCCCAUAUCAUCAAUGCUCCAACAGGAGGUCCACAAAUCCAACAAAAUAUGCCCUUCCCUCAGAAUCAAACUCUCAUUCAUAGACCAAACCAGGUCUCAGACAGUAGUUUACGGCCUAAAACAGGACAUUCAAAAAUGAUUGAACUUGGCCGCUCCAACAACAGUCCACCAUUUCAGGUCAUCAAAACAACAAUGCACCCAUCCAGCGAUGUGGCUCAAGGAAGAAUGAAGUCAGCACCCCAUAACAUGACAAACACAACUCCGUUCUUCCAUGGAUUUCCUCAACAACUGACAAAUGGCCAGAUGAUGCCCAACAGCACAGGACACCAGCCAAUGUGUAAUCCAAGUGUUCAGCAAGGGUCUCAGCCGCUUCAGCAGGGGCCCGUGAAGGUUUUUAUCUGCCAACCUACUACUAACAAUAAUCCAAAACCAAGGUAUAGAAAGAUCCUCCCUAAACCUACCCCUCCUGUUGAAGGUGGGAAGUGACUAAGUUAUCAAUCUAGAAUGUGCCACAAAGAAAACUCAGAAUGAUUUUGUUUCAUUUUUUGUUUUUGGUAUUUUUUGUUUAAGUUGUACCAUAUUUUGGGGAGGGGUGAGGAGAGGGGGUUGUUGUUGUUAGUUUUGUUGUUGGGGUUUGUUAUUUGGUUUUAGUGUUUAUCCAUUUCAUGAUCAUGCACAGCAGGUAAAAUACCUGAUUUAUGACAUUUUCUUUAUUUGCUACUGUUUAUUUCUUGAAUAACAAACAUAUCUUAUGUACAUGUAAUUAAGAAUCUGGUUUUCAAAUACGGUACAUGCAUGCAUUUACAAUUCAAAUUUUGCUAUGUUACCCCCAAAAACUUGAUAUAUUUUUGGACUACUUGAUAAAAUAAAAGCUAGAGGCUUCUUGUACUUAUAUAACAUUAAAGUUAAAUGUAUGAAAGAUACUUAAGUUUUUAAAAUGUGGUAACUGUAAAACCUGAGAGAGAAAAACCGGUGAUACUUAGCAAAUUUUGAGUAGUGCAUACAUGUUAUUUCACUUCCUAAUGCAGGAGUAUGUCUUUUUUUUUUUUUACAUCAUUUAUCUUAAAUUGUAAAUUCUGAUUGACCGUAUAAAAAUAUCAGAUUAAUAAAUGU